UGUAACAGUGAGCAGCUCUAAUGGAUCUGGUUUGAACCUCUGUUCUUUAAUAAAGACUAAUAAUGUGCUGAUUUCUUUAGGAUUCUCUUCACUACUCCUGUGUGUCAUAUUAUUAAGUCCUCGAUCGUCUGGGUUCGUGCAUUUCUGGUUUAAUAACACACACACUGAGAGGGCAAUGGCGACUCCCAGUCCAACCACUAACUCCCCAACUGCACGCACCAGCAUUAGUGCGGCCGGGUCCUCGCUGCAGCAUCACCUUGUUCAGCCCCAACACCUGGGCUUGGGGCAGGAUUCCAACACAUGCUGGAGGUGUCAGAAUGAAACAGGGUUUCAGAUAAAUCUGUCCGGCGCCCCUCAAAAUAACCGCAGAGCACUUAAGCUAAACUUCGCCAAUCCCUCCGUUAAACCCAGUGCAAGACUUCCCAUCGCUUCAGCCACCCCUCCUUUCCAGAACCCACACAUAGAGCGACUGCGCAACCACAGUAUCGAGUCGUGUGGGAAGCUGAAGAUUUCUCCCGAGCAGCACUGGGACUUCACCGCCGAGGACCUGAAGGAUCUGGGCGAGAUCGGCCGAGGGGCCUACGGCUCCGUCAACAAGAUGGUUCAUAAGCCCAGUGGUCAGAUCAUGGCGGUUAAGAGGAUUCGCUCCACCGUCGAUGAGAAAGAACAGAAGCAGCUGCUCAUGGAUUUAGACGUCGUCAUGAGGAGUAGCGACUGUCCCUAUAUCGUCCAGUUUUACGGGGCUCUGUUCCGAGAGGGUGACUGUUGGAUUUGUAUGGAGCUCAUGUCUACCUCGUUCGACAAAUUCUAUAAAUAUGUAUAUUGCUCAUUAGAUGAUGUCAUUCCUGAGGAAAUAUUGGGCAAAAUUACAUUAGCGACUGUGAAAGCACUGAAUCACUUGAAAGAAAACUUGAAAAUUAUCCACAGAGACAUCAAACCUUCCAACAUUCUCCUGGACAGAAACGGCAACAUUAAGCUCUGCGAUUUCGGAAUCAGCGGCCAGCUGGUUGACUCCAUAGCUAAGACUCGGGAUGCUGGAUGCAGACCUUACAUGGCUCCUGAAAGGAUAGACCCUAGCGCUUCUCGGCAAGGCUACGACGUGCGCUCGGACGUAUGGAGUUUAGGAAUUACGCUGUAUGAACUGGCGACAGGACGGUUUCCUUACCCCAAGUGGAACAGUGUGUUCGAUCAGCUGACACAGGUGGUAAAGGGAGAUCCUCCACAACUGAGCAAUUCAGAGGAGAGGCAGUUUUCUCCCAAAUUCAUCAACUUUGUCAAUCUAUGCCUUACAAAGGACGAGUCAAAAAGGCCAAAGUAUAGGGAGCUUCUGAAGCACCCUUUCAUUCUGAUGUACGAGGAGCGAGUGGCGGACGUCGCCGGCUACGUGUGCAAAAUCCUGGACGAAAUCCCUUCCUCCCCCAGCUCUCCCAUGUACGUCGACUGACCCCGCGGCAGGCCACCCGAAAGCGUCACGUCACGGCGACCGUCCGGUACACAGAAUCGUCCCUGCUUCACGGUUCCACCCCGCUUUUAAGCAUCGACGCUCAGAAUCCCAAUCCGUCGUGUGCGAUAAGGAUCGGAUUUCAUCGCGAACAGAGUAGAGUAUCGGUCUGCGAAACAAGCAAGCUCUGUUAACUUUAGGAGAAGAACAGUAGUGCGUUUAUCUGGGGUGUGAUAUUUAUUUUAAUGAGACUGUUUAGGUGUAAAUGUUUAGGUGAAUCAGAAAAUUAGAAAUCCACACACACUGAUAUGGAAAUAUUUCUGCAUUAGGAUGGCAUUGAAAGUAAUACACUGUGGAGUCACAUUAUUACGACCACUUUCUAGCUCAUAAAGGAAGUCACGCUGCGUGAGCUGGCUUGGUGUGUAUAUACACCCAUCAGGCAUUAUGACCACCUUCCUAAUAUUGUGUUGGUCCCCCUUUUGCUGCCAAAAAAAGCCCUGCAACUGUGAUGCACUGUGUAUUCUGACACCUUUCUAUCAGAACCAGCAUUGACUUCAUCAGCAAUUUGAGCUCCAGUAGCUCGUCUGAGCUCCAGCCUUCGCUCCCCACGUGCAUCAAGGACCCUGUCGCCGGUUUACCACUGUUCCGAUAGGUACUGACCACUGCAGACCGGGAACACCCCCACAAGAGCUGCAGUUUUGGCUAGAAAUGUCCCACAUUGGUUGGAAGAGCAUGACCAAGACUUCCAGGUACUACCCUGGCCCCCAAUUGAGCGUCUGUGGGACCGCCUUGAUGGUCGUGUCAGCAUGGCUCCAGAUACCUGUGCCAACCUAUAUUGGGUUGGUAGGUUAUUGAGUCACAUCAAGUCCGUCUAGCUGCUGUCCAUGCUGCACACGGUGGUCACUCUGGAUAUGAGCUGAUGGUCAUAAUAAUGUGACCUGACAGUGUAUUGGUACAAUGCCAAUUUUAUCCUUCCUCUCCACCGAUGCCGAUCCCCCGCUCUGAUCGAGGAGAACGAAGCUAACCCACGCCCCCUCCGACACGUGGGCAGCAGCCGUAUGCAUUCCGUCACCUACCCUUCGACGAGUGCGAUGCGGAUCAGCAGUGUGUACGGAGAGACGCACCCCGAGAGCACUCUCUUCCCAUCUCGGUGCAGGCGCCAUCAAUCAGCCAGCUAUCCGGCUUUUUAAUAUCCCACCCCCGUCUGAACAACAGGCCAAUCAUCGCUCACGCGGCCGCUCGGCCCAGCCGGCAGGCAGAGCCGAGACUCGAUACGAUGUAUUCUAGAUCCCAGCUCUGGUGUUCCAGCGUGUGUUUUUAUCGCUGCGCCACCUGACGGGCGCCAAUUACAGUUUUAAUUUGCAGUCCGUUCUUUAAUUGGUUUCGCACCACAUAUUUUGACACAGUGUCUGAAAGCCUACAGACUACAUGAUGAAGCCACAAAGUAGCCUUACGUCAUUUGUAUUCAUUUUCAAUUGGCAGUCGUAGCUUAGUUGUAGCUUAGUGGUUAAGGUACUGGCCGGUUCAAGCCCCACCACUGCCAGGUUGCCAUUGUAGGGCCCUUGAGCCAGACCCUUAACCCUAAAUCACUCAGAUUACACAGCAUACUGUCACAACUGUAAGUCGCUCUGGAUAAAAGCGUCCACUAAAUGUCGAAAACUCACCCCUCUUUAUUAUUACAUGUGUGUGAAGCAAAGCGACCAUUUACCAUACAAAUACCGUGAUAAUACGCUUCUUCUUCCGACGUCACGUCGUACCGGGCUUGCGCGUGGGACGUAAACCGCGUCCGAAUGUCUAGCUGAGGCCGCUCUUUAAAGCGAAUAUACACUUUGCCAAAGCCAAAGCGAUCAUUUACUAACCGAUUUAAUAGGACAAACAUCAGCACCAGAUCUCAUCGAAAUACUGCUAUUAUAGGUUUUAUUAUUUUUUUUAAGAUAAUCCGACUCAAGCACGACACUAAGAAUGCUUAACUAACUAUAUGUUGUUUGUUUUUUCUUGUUUUUUUUGUGGAGGUUCAAUAAUAAAUAAUUUUCCAAGAAUAAAGUCUUCGAAAGAGUAAGCGUUGUACAAAAUUUAGAAUAUUUAACAUUAGAAGGGAAUUUAUGGAGUCUAUGUAUCGUUAUAAUACAUCACCUUUAAGAGUGGAAUAUAUCUUAAAUAAUAAACGUUCACACUGGGAAAAUAUUAAGCGUAUACGUCGUGAACACGAAUCUGUAGAAACUGUGAUGAGAGGAUCUGCAGGGAUCACUUCGGGCUGUGUGUCUGCUUCACUUCACCUAUUUAAAGGAUAUCAUGGAAAUCUUGGCGUUCACAUAGUAACGAGAUCUACGUAACUUCCUGCAGGUCAGUUGUGAUGAGGUUAGGACGUGACUGUGACCUUAUUCUCGUAUAUUUCUGUAAGGUCUGCAAACACGUAUGGACUGAAUGCUAGAAUAAAUCCAAUCGAAUAACCUCU